AUGGUUGCUCCUGAGAGGCCUCAAUUUGUUCUUUUCGGAUCUUCCAUCGUGCAACUCAGUUACAGCCACAGCGGCUGGGGUUCUCUCCUUUCUGAUAUCUAUGCUCGUAAGGCGGACAUAUUGGUGCGAGGAUACUACGGAUGGAACUCACGGCGUGCCCUCGAAGUCCUCACUCAAGUUUUUCCAAAGGAUGCUGCUACACAGCCUUCUCUUGUGAUCGUUUAUUUUGGAGGUAACGAUUCGAUGGGUCCUCACUCAUCUGGUCUAGGCCCUCACGUGCCUCUUCAGGAAUAUAUCGCAAACAUGAGAAAGAUACUGGUUCAUAUUCAGAGCCUAUCUGAAAAGACACGUAUCAUCGUUCUCAGCUGCCCUCCUGUCCACGAGGAAAAAGUGCGUGAAAACACUAGCGCAUUUUUUAGUGAGCUGGUAAGAACAAAUGACUUAUGCCAAAGCUAUUCCGAUGCUUGUGUAAAGCUAUGCAAGGAACUUGGUGUGAAAGUCAUUGAUCUUUUUCGUGCACUGCAAAGUAUAGAUGACUGGAAGAAUGCUUGUUUUACUGACGGCAUCCAUCUAGCAGUUGAGGGAAGCAAAAUUGUGGUGAAAGAGAUACUGGGAGUGCUUAAGGAGGCUGAAUGGAAGCCAAGCCUCCACUGGAAGUCAAUGCAUACUGAAUUUUCUGAAGAUUCACCAUAUGAUCUUGUUGCCGCUGAUGGGAAAAGAACAUUGAACCCUUCUGAGUGGACUUUUCACAGAGAGUUUCAGUGGGAUUAA